CAAUAACCCCUUAAAGACAUGAAAGAUCCUUUUUACUCGUCAAUAUCUCUUGCUAUUUCUUUGCAUAGAUAAAAAACAAUGAGCGAAGAGAGAGAAACAGGAGAGAAUGUAUUAUCAUGGCCUCUUAUCGGAGAGAAAGAGAAGAAAAGUAGUGUAAAAGAAGAAGUGAAGAAGCAGCUAUGGCUAUCGGGUCCAUUAAUCAGCGUCAGUCUUCUUCAGUUUUGUCUUCAAGUCAUCUCUGUCAUGUUCGUCGGCCAUCUUGGCUCUCUUCCUCUCUCUGCUGCCUCCAUCGCUACCUCUUUUGCCUCCGUCACUGGCUUCAGUUUCCUCAUGGGAACAGCAAGUGCGUUAGAUACCCUUUGUGGCCAAUCAUACGGAGCAAAGAUGUAUGGAAUGUUGGGGAUACAGAUGCAAAGAGCAAUGUUUGUUCUUACAUUACUCUCUGUUCCUCUCUCCAUCAUUUGGUUUAACACAGAACACCUUCUCCUCUUUGUCGGACAAGACAAAUCCAUUGCUACACUCGCUGGCUCCUACGCAAGAUUCAUGAUCCCAAGCAUAUUUGCAUAUGGUCUACUUCAAUGCUUUAACAGGUUUUUGCAGGCACAAAACAAUGUGUUUCCUGUGGUCUUCUGCUCUGGAAUCACCACCUGUCUUCACGUCCUCCUAUGUUGGGUCUUGGUUUUGAAAUCUGGUUUAGGGUUUAAAGGAGCUGCUGUCGCUAACACUAUCUCGUAUUGGCUGAACGUUGUACUCUUGUUCUGUUACGUAAAGUUAUCGCCUUCUUGCUCACUGACUUGGACCGGUUUCUCUAAGGAGGCUCUACGUGACAUCCUCCCUUUUAUGAGACUAGCUAUUCCUUCUGCACUUAUGGUCUGCUUGGAGAUGUGGUCCUUUGAGCUUCUGGUUCUCUUAUCAGGUCUUCUUCCAAACCCCGUUCUCGAAACUUCUGUUCUCUCAAUCUGCCUUAAUACAGCAGGAACAGUUUGGAUGAUCCCAUUUGGGCUUAGUGGUGCUGCAAGUACGAGGGUGUCAAACGAGCUAGGAGCGGGGAAUCCAAGAGUGGCUAAGCUAGCAGUGCGUGUGGUCAUUUGCAUCGCAAUCGCAGAAAGUAUAGUGAUAGGAUUGGUUUUGAUACUGAUAAGGAAUAUAUGGGGAAUGGCUUACAGUAGUGAACCGGAAGUAGUCACCUACGUAGCCUCAUUGAUGCCGAUUCUCGCCUUAGGCAAUUUUCUUGACAGUCUUCAGUGUGUUCUCUCAGGGGUUGCUAGAGGAUGUGGAUGGCAGAAGAUAGGAGCAUUCAUUAAUCUUGGAUCAUAUUAUUUUGUUGGAGUACCUUCAGGCUUGUUACUUGGUUUUCACUUUCACGUUGGGGGUCGGGGGCUUUGGCUUGGAAUCAUAUGCGCAUUGGUUGUUCAAGUUACAUGUCUUUCACUUGUCACCAUCUUUACGAAUUGGGAUGAAGAGGCCAAGAAAGCAACAAAAAGAGUCGAGUCUUCUUCAGGUGUGAGGGAUGCUGCAAUCGAUAACGGGUCAACUGUUGUAUGCUGAGAACUGUUAUGAAACUUUAAUAUAACGUUGGACCUUGGAGAUCAUAAUACAUUUUUAUUAUUUAAAUAAAAGGAAAAAAAUAACUGUUCUCCGAACAAAAUUAGUCCA